AUGUCAAUCAACCUUAACGAACUUGUUGAUUCAUUAAUUCAAUCAGCACCUCCAGCUGAAUUGAAACAAGUGUCACAAUCGUUAUCCUCAUUAACUAAGGGAACAUCAACAUCGUCAACCAAUUCAUUAAUUCAAGAUAGUAUUGAACAAUAUGCCCAAGAGAAUAUAAUUAGUAUUGAUAAUAUUAUUAUUUCCAAAUACAAUAAGGAUGAGAAUUCGUCUAAAUAUAUUGAUUAUGUUAAUAACAAAUUGUUCAAUGUUGAUUGGCAAAAUCAAAAGAUUAUUGAUGUUGAAUCAUAUCACGACAACAACAAUAAAAGGGGCAGUAAUUAUGAUGAAUUGAUUCAGAAAUUGUCUCAAUAUGGUGAUGAUUAUUAUCCAUCAAACUUUGCAUUUACAGUUAUUCCUGAAAGUGAAGAUCAAUUGAGAGUGAUUAUUAUAGGACAACGAGCCAAUCAUGAUAAUUUUUAUACUGGACAAUGGAAAUCAAAUUAUUUAAUUACUGAACAAGGAAUCAAAGGUAAUAUUGAUUUAGAUAUUCAUUAUUUUGAAGAUGGUAAUGUCAGAUUGAAAUUCAAUGAAUCUAUCAACAGUAGUAAUAAUAAUAAUAAUAGUUCAACUUUGCAAAGUGGUAAUUUGAUUAAUAAUGCAUCUAGAAUUGUCAAUUUUAUUAAUGAACAAGAGAAUGCUACUAUGGUUAAAAUUAUUGAACAAUUUAAUAAUUUGAAUCAAAAAUCAUUUAAAAAUUUACGAAGAUUAUUGCCAGUUACCAGAUCAAAAAUUAAUUGGGGGUCUGCUAUUGGUAAUUAUAGAUUAGGUAGUGAUGUAAUCAAUAAAAAGUAA